CCCAAAUCCCCUAUUAACCCCAUUCUUAUCUCCCCCUACAGGCCAUGUUGGUUGAGGGUCCCGCAGGCCCCGAAGGCCCGGCUGGGAUUUCGGGACCCCCAGGGGCUCAGGGACCACCAGGAGCACCAGGAGACCCCGGAGAGAGGGGUCCCCCCGGUCGCCCUGGUCUGCCCGGCUCUGAUGGGACCCCAGGACCCCCCGGCACCGCCAUGAUGCUGCAGUUCCGGUUCAGCAGCUCAGCACUGAAGGGUCCGGCUGUGGCAGCGCAGGAACUGCAGGCACAGGAGGCGCUAAUGCAGGCCAGGCUGGCCCUACGGGGACCCCCCGGCCCUAUGGGUUAUACUGGGCGGCCUGGACCUAUGGGCCAACCCGGCAGCGUCGGCAUGAAGGGUGAAAGUGGCGAUUACGGACCUCAGGGACCCCGAGGACCACAAGGGCUCAGUGGACCCCCAGGGAAACCCGGAAGGAGGGGUCGGCCUGGAGCGGAUGGAGCACGAGGGUUGCCUGGAGAUCCUGGUGUGAAGGUAUGGGGCUGGGGGGGGGCUUAUGGGGUGGGGAACCUAUAG